AUCACCCACCCCAGCGGCAACGCCGCUCUCCCCCUAUCCCAUCUCUUUUUAAGAAAAUAUUUCCAUCGCUCUUUUCUCUUAAUCUCAAAUGCUAGAUCGGACUCUAGCCCUACAGUGACGGCGAUGAAAGAACGAGGAUGGAGGACAAAGGUGGCGGCACAUCUUCUCUACUUGCGAGGGAGCUCUGGAUGGGUGGAACCCAACAGCGCCGCCACCAUCAGGAGCGACCGCCACACUCCGAUUGUCAGAGAUGUUGGAUGAGAGGAGGGUUCGAUGGCGCCGCCGAAAGCCUAGAAGACGAUGGGUUCGGCUACAGUGGCUGUGUUGUUGGAAAUCCCCCCACUCGAAGAAAUUGAACCCAGAAAUUUGUUGUUGAUUUUUUUAUUUAUUUCCAAACGGUCAGAAACCAAAAAUCGGUUGGACGGUUCGAGCGACUCGAAUGGCUAACCAUUUUGGUCGCUCAAAAACCGUCCUUCCUUACCGUUGUGGCUAUUGAAUGGUUCCGAGCCGGGCUGGAGUCCGGGUGCCUGUUUUACCGGUUCGAUCGAUCGGCUCGGCUUUAACAACAGUGGUCCUUUUGGUGAUUGAAGUAGGUGAUUGAUGAUGAUAACUGGAACACAUGGAGUUUGGGACAUCAUGGGUUGUUGCUGGAGUUGUAUGGGCAUAUAUGAUAUUCAACACUCCCGCUCAAGCGUAGACAUGAAUGACAAGAAUGUCAACCUUGAAAAGAAAAUGUGAAGAACGGU